AUGUCCAGAAUUGCAGACACUAUUUCCAAAUUAGCAGUUCCUGUUGGCGUGGCCAUUAUGGUCGCACAGUACUCUUUGUACGACGUCAAGGGCGGACAAAGAGCAGUCAUUUUCGACAGAUUCUCUGGAGUCAAGCCGCAAGUCGUUGGCGAAGGACUGAACUUUGUUAUUCCUUGGCUCCAAAGACCAAUCAUCUACGAUGUCAGAACCAAGCCAAGAACCAUUACCACCACCACGGGGUCCAAGGACUUGCAGACCGUCUCGUUGACUCUGAGAGUGUUGCAUCGUCCAGACGUGAAAAACCUCCCACAGAUUUACCAGAACUUGGGACUGGACUAUGACGAGCGUGUGCUGCCAUCGAUUGGAAACGAGGUUCUUAAGAGUAUUGUUGCUCAGUUCAAUGCUGCAGAGCUCAUCACCAUGAGAGAGACCGUGUCUUCUCGUAUCAAGAGCGAGCUCGAGCAGAGAGCCAAGGAGUUCCAGAUCAAGCUCGAGGACGUCUCGAUCACCCAUAUGACCUUUGGGCGCGAGUUCACCAAGGCUGUCGAGCAGAAGCAGAUUGCGCAACAGGACGCCGAAAGAGCCACUUAUUUGGUUGAGAAGGCGGAGCAGGAGAGACGUGCUGCUGUGAUACGCGCCGAGGGAGAGGCCGAGGCGGCAGAAAACGUCUCGAAGGCCUUGAACAAGGCAGGAGAUGGCCUUUUGCUGAUCAGAAGACUCGAGGCGUCCAAGGAGAUAGCCCAGACUUUGAGCCAGUCUCCGAACGUCACGUACCUGCCUAACGGCUCGCAGAGCGGUGGCGAGUCUACUCCGACCAGCCAGUCUCUACUUUUGAACCUGGGCCGUUAG